AUGUCUCUUAACCAAAAUAAAUAUCCUGAGAAUAAUCCUUUUACACUUAAACAAAGCAACACUAAUUAUAAUUACCACAUUAUUAAUGAAGGAUUUUAUCCAUCAAAUAGUAAAAUAUAUUAUACUUCAGCACGUUCUUGUAGUGGAACUAAAUACAAAAUUCCAGAUAAUUAUUUAGUUCAAACUAGCUGGGGCAGAGGAAAAUCAUGGCAUAUAAUAGAGUGUGAAAUUGAAUAUGAUUCGGAUGGGCCAGUUUUUAGGAUUAGGUUUAAUGAAAAUUCUCAAAACUAUGUAAUAGAAUCAAAAGAGUCUUCAACUGCUGUUGCCAAUAAUUAUUUACAAAAAAAAAAUCCUAAUACAAAUGCAAAACUUUCUGGCAUACAUGUAUUUGGUCUUAAUGCUACAGACGUAGACAAAUCUAUGAAGACAAAACGUUCUCGUGGAUUUUCUAUACAAAUCAGUGAAGCAUUUAAAAAUGAAAUUCCUAAAUUUUACAACUUAUUUGAUCGAUCAGUUUUACAAGAAUCAGAAUUUUUUAACGAUUGUACUUUACAAACUUUAAAUCUACCACCAUCUGGACAUCUUAAAGUUUCUCUUCUUUCUAUGAUUUCUCUGAAUCAUUAUGUACCUGACGAACUACAUAUAAUAUUGAGAAUCUGGGAUUGCCUUUGGGAAUUAGUAAUUCAAGAAUUAAAAUCAGAAAAUAGAUUUGAUAAUUAUGUUAGGGCAAUUAUCAAUGUAGAAAUGCAAAGAAUUUCAGUUAUUUUUAAUGAAGAACGAGCUAUAUUAAUUAAUUGUUUGUGGAGAGAUUUUUACACACUUUACAAGCUUAUGAAAGAUCGAGAAACCGAUCCUACUUUUUUCAUAGUUCAGGCAAAAAAAUGGCUUGACUUAUUUCUUACACCUUAUUAA